CACUACACUAUGCGGUGUGUGUGUGUGUGUGUGUGUGUGUGUGUGUGUGUGUGUGUGUAAUGAUUUUUUAACGAUGCCUAUUUUCUAUUGAGACACCACCACCACCACCAUCAUCACCACCAAAACCACCACCACCACCACCACCACCUCUCACUGCGUGGCCGCGGGGGGUAAUGUAGUGCACGGUGUAUUACUGUAUUGCUGCCCACUAUAAGCCAGUGAUGGAUGGCCGCCGCUGCUUGUCCACUCCGCCCCCUAGCCUGGCCUUGAGUCACACAGGGCGGGGCGGGGCGGGGUGACAACUCUGCAAACACUUAGAGCCUGGCCUGACGCCUGGCCUGGCCGCGUCAAUACACCGCUGGAAUAUUCCUGACGCCUGGGUGAGUGCGGCUCGUGUUUGCCAUUGUGGUGAGCGGCGCUUCCAUGAAUGUGUGAUGUCUGCCUCAUUGCUCCGUCACGGUGGAUGUGGCGGGACUGAGAGGCAGCAGGGGUAAGAGGCGUGGCAGAGGCGUGGCAGCGAGGGUGGAGAGCUGAAGGGCGCGGCGUGUAGGGUGCAGGCAGCAUGGCGAGCAUGACGGGCAUGGGCGAGGUGAUGGAGCUGAAGUGGCUGCAGGUGAUAGGGUUGUGUCCCUACGUGGUGGUGUCCCCUGAGGGCGCGUGCCGGGUGGGGUGGGUGCCCGCUGUGUGGUGCGCGGUGCGCCUGGUGGUGGUGGUGGCGAUACAGGUGGCCAUACUGGCGGUGCCGGAGACUGGCGGCUGGGAGUCAGAGAAAAGCAUCGCCACCAAAUUGAGCAUGUUGGCACUGAGGAGCGGCUCCCAGACUGCCUUCACCCUGGCCAGCGUGGUGGUGCUGGCAUGCAGUCCCCGCCUGCCGCGCCUCGUGCAGGAGCUCACCGCCCUGAGGAGGAUGGCGGCCACUCUCUCCCCGCCGCCGCCGCUGCGCCACAACGUCUUCACGCAGAGCUUCAUGUGGGCCAACGCCGUGUACUUCCUGUUCUGCCUGUCGACGUUCAGCGCAUCCUUCCUGCGGGGCGUGGCUGGCGACGGGUGGUGGCUCACGCCGCUGCUGGACAUCGUGUUCUGGGUGCUGAGCUUCGCCUCGCUGCCCGGCGUGGUGCUGCUGCUCACCGGCACCUUCUUGGAGCUGCAAGCCGCCACCCGCGCCGUGCUGCCCCCGCGCUGGGAGGAACUGGUGAGUGAGGUGCGGGCAGAGAGCACGCAGUCCCUGCUUUGGAGUGCCGCAACGCCCCUCAAGAGCCCCACUCUGCCACUCUUCCUGCGCCGCGCCCAUGUAACGCUGGUGCAGGCGGAGGAGGUGCUGGCGUGCCUGAUACAGUACCUGGGCAGCGUGUUGCUGCUGUGGCUGGCCUGCGGCACGCCCUUCUUCACCUUCUCCGUGUACCUGCUUCUGGUGCAGCUCAAAGAGGCCAAGGUAGACUACAACUUCACCCUGACGGUGCUCAUCCUCACCACGCUCCUGGCGAUCAACAUGGCGGUGGAGCAUCUCAUGAAGGAGGUGAGGCGGCGCGGCUCCCCGCCACUCCUUCAGGCCGCGCUGGGGGAGCUGGGGAGGGUGAUGACACCAAUGAUGACAUACUGUGGUGAGGAGGAAGUGGGUACAGGGCACUCAUUGAGAGGGGGUAGUGGGGGGCUCGUGACAGUACUGGUGGUGAUGGUAAUGGUGGUGACUUGUUGCAGCGUCACUGGUGUGCUGGUGUGUUCCGGCGGCUGGUGUUGCAUCCCGAGGUGGCGGCCGUGCCUGCGGCGGGGAAGGUGGUCGAGGCGCUGGACCGUUCCCUACAGGUGCGCAUUACUCUCCUAUUCAACCUCGGGGGCGGAUGUAUUACUGCAGUGUGCAGUCUGGUCCUGUCUUACCUGGUUAUCGCUCUUCAGUUCUCCACUACCGCUGAGUCUUGUGGGUAGUGAGCCAUUGUCACCUGAUGUAGCGAGGAAGAUCAGUGAAUAUUGAAAUGUGGAAGAAGAAAGUCAGAGGAAGAAUUUAAUUUAAUAGACAGAGCAGAAUUAAAAGAUAAGAAAUAAUAUCAAGAAAGCUCCAAUUCAAAGGCCAAGCUUCCCGAUUUACGCCUGACCUGACCUGAUAGAAAUUUGGUGUUUAAUGAAGUAAGGAAGGCAACGAGUCAGUGUUACCAGAUGCAGCGACGAAGUUCUCAACUGUCCAUUUUUGCUUGUGUAUAUAUAAGA